AAAGCUGCGAGAAAUUGAAACAUCCGCCCAGGCCUCAUCGUUGCCAGCGUUUCUGGCAUGGCAUCAGAAGAGAGACAGAGAGAUAGAAUCUAUGUCUCGGUAUAAUAUCCCUUUGAUAUACAGGAAAAAACUAAGGAAAGAUAAAAGGGUAUAAUUUUGGCGAGCAGAGAGAGGCAGCUGGUUUUUGAUCCAAAAACCUCUCUACCUCUCCAUUUCUCUAUUCACUCCUCAUUCGAUACGCUUGUACACAAAAUUUAUGGAUUACCUAGAUUGGAAAGUUAGAGUCUUCUGAUCCUUUUUGAUGUUGUUUCUUGGGUGAUUUCUUAUGUCCAUAGUGUAGGUAUAGAGAGAAUAUUUUGUGAUCGGAAGAAGAGGAGGAGGAGAGUUGAGUUGUUGUUGUGAUUAGGAAUCCAAAUCAUCGGCCAUAGGGGGAUGGCCCAGGAUAAACCUGUGAGACUCUAUCAAGCUUGGAAAGGAAGCAAUAGAUUUCUAUGUGGGGGGAUGUUGAUCUUCGGUCCUGAUGCGGCAUCAUUGUUUCUGACUAUACUGCUUAUUGCUGGCCCUGCAAUCCUUUUUUGCAUAAAAAUCUAUAGCAAGAUCAAUAACGAGCUCACCAGACAUCCUGGGAGUUGGUAUCCUGUAUUAUUUAUUGGCGCUGCUCUCACAGUUAUGGAUUUAUUAUUUCUCUUAUUGACCUCUGGUAGAGAUCCUGGAAUAGUCCCCAGAAAUUUAAAGCCUCCAGAAACAGAUGAAGCUUGGGAAGUAACAACACCAUCAAUGGAAUGGGUUAAUGGUAGAACCCCUCACAUGAAAUUACCUCGAAUGAGAGAUGUGAAUGUGAAUGGCCACUCAGUAAAAGUGAAGUACUGUGACACUUGUUUGCUCUAUCGUCCUCCUCGUGCUUCUCACUGUUCAAUAUGCAACAACUGUGUUCAGAGAUUUGAUCAUCACUGUCCAUGGGUUGGUCAAUGCAUUGGAAUACGCAACUAUCGGUUCUUCUUCAUGUUUAUAUCAACAGCAACCAUUUUGUGCAUAUAUGUCUUUGUUUUUUCAUGGAUCAACAUUCUCGAAAAAGAGAAGAAUAUCUGGAAGGCCAUGUCACAUGAUGUACUGUCAGAUUUGCUCAUAGUCUACUGCUUCGUGGCUGUGUGGUUUGUUGGCGGCCUUACAUUUUUCCAUCUCUAUUUGGUUUGCAAAAACCAGACUACGUAUGAGAACUUCCGAUACCGAUAUGAUAAGAAACUGAAUCCGUACAAUAAGGGACUGAUGAGAAAUAUUGGCGAAACUUUUUUCUCCAAGAUCCCACCUUCAAUGAAUAAUUUCCGGUCUUUUGUUGAGUUCGAAGAUGAGCAUAAGGUAGUCGGAUCUUUUACCCCUAUUUAUGGAGAGGAUAUUGUUAGCUCCAAGGAGAAAAUUGACAUUGAACUGGCAAAUAACCUUGCCGACAAUAGUGCUUAUUCACUUCCUGAAAUUCUACGAAAUUUGGAUUACGAUGAUGAGGAGGAUGACUCAAAAACAAAAGAGGAAGAAAGAAAACCCACUUUUGGUCAACUGUUCAGGACUGAGAAAGAUAUGCUAGAAUCAGGGCAAGUCUGUGUUAUUGCAGAUGAAGGAACUGAAUCCGUUCAAAGUACUACCGCUGGAGGUGGAGGAGGAGAAUCUGCACAACUGUUGAAUUCUGAAGGUGGAGCAAGAGCUUCUGUUCAAAGUUCCACUUCUAGUGGGGAGAUUAAGCCUGUGGAAGAAAGUAGGGAUAAUUGCAGCUCCCAUCAAACUGCAACACCAGCUCUCCAAGUAUAGAGGUUCUGCUGUAAAACAUCUCUUCUUUGGCUCAAACAUUUUGAAGUGGAUGUGAAAGUUCUCCUCAUGUGUUGGAACGGCUGUCCCAUUUUGGUCAUCCAGGUCUCGCGAUCGAAUGCAGGUUGUUUCAUUGGGAAAGGAGAGGAAUUUGAUUGUCUGCUUACAUCCAUUUGUUUGUCAUAAAGUUCAGACUCCUGUUUGCUGUAUGUUUGUAGAUGUCACACAUUUGUCCAAUAAUGGUGAAACCCGCAGGUGAAGGUAUCUGUAAGGGUAAAAGGGCCUGUAGAUACUGUCAUACGUUUUUCAUAUUUGACAAACACAGAUUUGAAGAUUUUCUUUAUAUUUGCUUUUAGACUUGUAGGACUUUCCUGGAAAAUUUAAUUCAUAUCACAGAAAAAUUGUAUCUCA